AUGGUGCGUUUAACUGUUUCCGUAGAGGAUACUCUCGCAGCUCGCCUGCUUGGUUCCGGAGAGUUCAAUACAGGUGUUGACUCGCUCGACACCGCUUUGACGUUACAAUUUCGAGUGCAUUACCACCUUUUCGGGGCAGGAACUACUGCAGUCAUUGGCCAAGUGCUAUUGGACGACUGCGAGAAGCUUGAAAAGAGUUUGAAAGCCAGUGGGAUCGAUUCUCACACAAGUGGAUUGAUCAAGAACAUCAUCUACAAUGCCAAAGGAGUUCUGUGCUUCCAUAUGGGCCAAAUAGAGGAGUCUGUACGACUUCUUGGAAUGGCAAGUGGCAUAAGCAUACAAUAUGAAAAGUACAAGGAAUAUCUGGAUCUAGAGAGUUUAUAUUACCGUGGGCUCUGCAAGAGAUCAACAUCAAUUUAUUUCCAAGAGCUGUUCAAGAUUAUAGAUAAAAUACCCAAGGAAUCCCAGGGACUGACGUUGCAUUAUUUGCAUCUUAUAUUGGGUGAGAUUGCUAAAAAACAUAAAGCGAAGGAUAUUUUAGAACAUUUCCCAAAGAAAAAUUCACUGACACUAUUAGCCAUAUCAUUCACGCAAGAAUGCGAUGAGAAAACUUUCUUCGGCUUCACACCAGAGGUUUUGCAGAAUUCCAAGUUCCCAAGAGCUGAUGAGACCAACAACAUAGACUUGGAACAGUUCCACGCCUUUUUACCUCAUUUUUUCAAGACCCAGAAGUCAAUCUCAUCAGAGUGGUACAGCUUCAUCGUGGCAUCCAUGGAGAAGACUUUCCAAUCCGUUGAUGUAGCCAAGAGUGCCAUGAUAUAUUUCGCGAGAUCUUCCAAUCCAAGCAAAUUCAAUGGAAGGGAGGCACUUUUAAAUUUCGUCAAUUUUGCAAGGUACAGUGAAAAACAGUUUGAGGUAAAUGGGAGUUAUGAUGACAUUAUAUCUUUAAUUGAAUGCUAUGCAUUUGCUUUAGAGUUAGUGGACGAUGCUUCUUGGAAUAUUGAGAACGUCUUUGACCUUGAAGAGACGACCAGGAAGUUAGAGAGCUUACUGGCCUUUUUUUACAGUGAGUACAAAUUCCCUCUGAUGGAAAAUGGCGACUCACUCAACUGGCUCGAGAAUUCUUCCAAACUCUUCCUACCAAAAACCGUUUCAGACGUACUCGCAAAAGCUUGGGGUACACUAUAUCUUAAGAGGGCCGAAUUCUUGGAAUAUCUACUAUCCAAUGACUUAGCAUGUUAUCUGUCGAAUGCCAUGUGCGUUGCGUCAAAGGUUGACAAUCUAGUUGACCUGCAGUUUCAAUACUCGUAUGUUUUGGCAGUUCAAAGACAUACUGAGCCUGCAAUAAAGAUCCUGAAGACAGUACUGUUGGAGGCCAAUCCGGACUGUUACAAGGCUUGGCAUUUACUAGCACUUUGUGAAUCUAUUCGCGAGGAUAAAGAAACCUCCUUCAAAAUUGUUUGUUCUGUUUUGGAAGCCAUGAAGGAGAGCUUUAAUGAGAAGAAAUUAAAGCUAGUAGAGAGAUGGCAAUUUGUCCAGUUGAAAUUGACACAAUUGGGUUUAAUUGAAGAAAUAUUUGGCACACUUGAUGCAACAGAAAUGUUGCCUGAAGUGUUUGAAUUGUUUUCAACUUUAUUUCCAGAAGAUACAAAGGAGUUUGAUCGUAUCGGCAAGGAGUGUAACCAAACGAAGGAUUACUUAAUGCAACUUAUCUGGGUGUUUUCCGCAAACAUGUACAUGAGACUGGGGGACCGAGUCGACGAUUCGAAGAACGCUAUAAAAGAAGCCAAAAGAGUCACUGACGCUUUUAAGAAUCUCAAUUGCGAUAUAGCAACCGGAUUUUUGAACGCACUAACCGGAGACAAAAAGGAAGCAUUAAAGAAGUUUGAAUCCGUGUUGUUUUACGAUCCGAUGAAUGUCAAUGCGAUGAUUGGUUUUGCCGAAAUCGUCUUCCCUGAAGAAUUGACCGGAUCAGAAAGUACUCUGAGUAACUACUAUCAGCUGAAUGGAUCAUCUGCAUGUUUACAUACAGCGGAAAAGGAUAAUCGAGUUUUCGCUAAUGACGUCGAUAAAUCUGUCGCUUGUGCAAGAUUGAAGUUUAUGUUGGAGUAUGCCAUCACUAAAUCCAUAGAAGCCUACCACUCCCCGGAGGUAUGGUGGUAUCUGUCUCUGGUUUACGAAAAAUACGAGGAUAAAACUUAUAAAGAAUCGUUACUCAAUUGCAUACGAUACAAGGAAUCCAAUCCAAUACGGGGGUUCCGAUUUUGUAACUAUUAG